GAGUGAUGUCAUCCGCGUUGCUUCCCCAAGCAGGAAGAAAACAUCCGGCGGAGAUCUUUGACUGGAAGCUAGCUUUAGUUUAGAUUCGAUCCAGCCUCGAUGCCAGUAAUGACAACAGAAAGUGAAAGUGUGCCAAACUAUGCUUGGUCAAAUAUAGAUUUAUAGCCCCGAGCGUAAAACCUCCUUGACUUUCCUUCGGUCCGAGAGUUGAUAUCAGGUGUGAAUGAGUGACGUGGUGCCUCCCACAGCUCUCAGUGAAGUCCAGCUACGGUUCUUGUGCCACGAUGACAUAGAAAGUGUCAAACUGCUCUGCGGUGAUUGGUUCCCAAUUGAGUACCCAGACUCAUGGUACCAGGACAUCACCUCAAACAAGAAGUUUUUCUCUCUCGCCGCCACCUUCAGGGGAGGCAUUGCGGGAAUGAUCGUGGCCGAGAUCAAAAGUCGAACUAAAGUGCAUAAAGAGGAUGGAGACAUUCUUGCCUCCAGUUUUCCUGUGGACACACAGGUAGCCUACAUCCUCAGCCUGGGAGUGGUGAAAGAGUUCAGGAAACACGGCAUAGGCUCCCUACUGCUGGACAGUCUGAAGGAGCACAUCUCCACGACAGCUCAGGACCACUGCAAGGCAAUAUACCUGCACGUUCUCACCACCAACAACACUGCCAUCCACUUCUACGAGAACAGGGACUUCAAGCAACACCACUACCUGCCCUACUACUACACCAUACGCGGCGUUCUCAAAGACGGCUUCACGUAUGUUCUCUACAUCAACGGAGGUCAUCCACCUUGGACAAUUAUCGACUAUAUCCAGCACAUAGGUUCAGCCUUAGCCAGCCUGAGCCCGUGCUCAAUCCCACAGUGGCUGUAUCGACAGGCGCAGUCUCUGCUGCGAUCUCUGCUGCCGUGGUCCAACAUCGCCUCCAAGACCGGCAUACAGUACAGCCGAACAAUGUGACACAACCAGGAGUAAACAGUAUCGAAUUUCUCAUCGGUCUUCCCCUGUGUCUACCAGGACGUACAUGCACACCCUCAGCACGCUGUGUAGGACACAGAACCCCCUUCACCCAUCAGCUUGUUACUCCUGAUUCAAUGCACGUUUGGCACACACACAUACACACACACACCAACUGGGUUAGUUGCUGAAAUAUGGUGAUUGCACCGCAUCAAAGUGCAAUGUUUUGUUUUUACGCUGACAACAGGGAAGGAUUUGGGAGAAUUUCGCGGCUGGGCAUUAGUCACCAUGUCUUAUCCCGUGCACCAUUCCAUAUCGGCGACAGUAGCGUGUCUUGCGCCGGUCAUGCCAAAGCUGAGAAGUUUGAGACUUGCCUCUCGGCUCAGAGAAACAGGCACAGAUUUUAAUGUGACGCGUAUGUCUACUGUUGGUAUAUUAUAUAUACUAAGGUAAUAGAUUUCAUAUUUAAUGUACAGUGUGUGUCUUAUAUUGCUGCUGCCCGUUUGGAAUAACCACCUGUUUUCCUUCUUUGACUGGAUUGAAUGUGAGUCGACCCCAAAUUGUGACGUACGGGACCCAAGAACAAACAGGAUUGGACUGUGAAUCUCUCAAUGCUUUUAAAAAAGUAGUGUAGAAUAAAGUUGGUUAUUUAUUGGGAACAACGAAACACAUUAUUUUAAUUUUCAAACGUUCCCUUUUGAAAAAUGAAGGGGUUUUUUUGUGUGCAAUAACUACAUGUACUGUAUGUGUGACUUCACCGCUGACACAAAUAAACACAUUUCAGCUUAUAAUUGUUCUGCCGCAACACAAAGUUUACAUGCAUUUAACGCUAUAUUCAAACUUAUUUUUAACCACUCAUGAUAGAAUCCAUCCUAUUUUAAAGGUUUUAAAAGGAGAGUUGGCGCCUUCUCGUCUAGUUUGUUUAAACACAUUUUUAAGAUUAGGAUAAAUUAGCGAUACUUGUUACAUGUUAGCGUAUGUGUGCAAGGUCGCAUAUUAGCACCUACAAAGUGCCAAAUGCUGGUGUACAGUAAAUACAUUCAGCCGACAUGCUUGUUGGUUGCACAUGUAGUUGCUCCAUUUGGACUGCAUUCUGUCGCAUAUUGUGUGUAACAGCAAUGACUGUGAAAUGUGUUGCUCCACGGUGUGAAUUUCAAAACAUUUCAGACAGUUUGUAUGCAAUAAAAAUUCCUUUGAUUGUAAUAACUAAA